CAAGUCGCGUCAUGGGUGCUGAAAAGGAAGUCUUAGAUUUUUGGCAACUCUACAUGGGUGAUCAAUUUCUUGAGUUUCUUAUUAACCAAACAGAUAGUUAUGCCAACUAUAACAUUCAGCACAGGCCAAACGAUAACAAAAUGCCUUGGAGUAUCCCAACUUUACCAGAAAUUAAAGCAUUUCUUGGUCUAACCUACCAAAUGGGAAUAAAUCGCAAACCAUCUACUAAAUUAUAUUGGUCAACCGAUCCAGUUAUGGUCACCCCAAUAUUUUCAUCAACAAUGACCAGAGACAGAUACACCCAAAUAUUGCGGUACCUCCAUUUCUCUAACGUUGCAAAUGAACCUAGACAAGGAGAACCAAAUUAUGAUCCUUUAUAUAAAAUUAAACCUGUAGUUAACCAUUUAAAUAAUAAAUUUGGUUUAGAAUAUAUACCAAAAAGAAAUGUCACCAUUGAUGAGUGUAUGGUACCUUUCAAAGGGAGAACAUUAUUGAAACAAUACUUACCAAGUAAACCACAUAAAUGGGGCGUAAAGGUUUGGAUGCUGGCAGAAUCUGCCAACAGCUACAUACAAUAUAUAGAUGUGUAUCCAGGUAGAACAGUUAGAACAGAGGGCAGUCUGGGUUCUUCGGUGGUAAAGAAUUGUUUAGAAGGUGCAAAUAUUGCAGGUCAGGGCUAUCAUGUUUAUACCGAUAACUUUUUUACAUCGCCUAACCUUUAUUUAGAGUUGUGGGAGAAUUAUGACACAGCUGCAUGUGGAACAGUCCGUAACACUAGGGCAGGUUUGCCAAAAGAUAUCAUGUGCAAAAAGCCAGUUAAUGUUGUAACUCGUGGAGACCAUCAAUUCAGGCAAAAAGGUGCUUUGUUAGCGGUAUCUUGGAAGGACAAAAAAACUGUAUCAGUAUUGUCAACAAUACACAAUGAAAGCAUUGGUCAAGUUACUCGUUCAGUAAAUGUUGACGGCCAAUUUGCAAGACAGGAGUUUAAUUGCCCAUCUGCUAUUGUUGACUACACUUGUAAUAUGGGUGGUGUUGACAAAGCAGAUCAAUACAUUCAGUAUUAUUGUUAUCACCAGAAAACCUUAAAAUGGCCAAAAAAAGUAUUUUUUAGUCUACUUGAGAUGGUUAAAUUUAAUGCCUACAGAUUAUUCACAUUAAGUCCAAACCAUUCUUCAAACCUCACAUUCCUUCAGUUUUCUUGUUUGCUGAUAAAAGGAUUGAUCAAUGGAUAUUCUGCCGGGGUACGGAGAGGAAGGCCAUUACUUGCCCCUGAUCAGAGAUUGAUUCAAAGACACAUGCCUACAACUUUAAAUAGUAAAGGCAGGUGUCAUGUCUGUUACAUGAGACAGAAGAAUGGCAAGCAAGACAAUAUAAGACAAACUAAAUAUGGGUGUUCAGUAUGUGGAAAACACCUCUGUAUGCCUCAAUGCUUCACAAUUUACCAUACAGAGAAGAAUUACUGCUAG